CCCAGCUGCUUAACCCUUUAAGAAACAUGUGCACUUUAUAGAUUUGGAGAUGCGCAUUUCUAUUUAUGACUAAACAUACAUUUCCACAACUUUAUUAUGCCCACUAAAAACAUUUUUGAUGGGGUAUAAAAACGUGGAGCGAAACGUUGAUCAGGUGCAAGCGACAGACGAGGACGUGGAAUUCGCAUAACACUUAUACAUACUCGCAUGCUUAUUUGUUGUACCAACCAAAUCUGGGAGCUGAAGCCUACUACACGAUGUCAUUUGGUAGACAUUGGUGGGUGCAGUCAGCAUUGUGCUCCACGAGGCUCGACGAGUGUGCCAAGAAACGUCAAAAGAAAUGAAUUCGCUGUCCAAAAAGCGUAAGAAGGCCUGAAUGUCUGAUGAUGAUUAUGACGAUGAUAAUGAUGGUUAUGAUGAUGACGAGUGGCCCCGAGCCUUAGGCUUAGGGGUCGUACCGACCAGGGAGGAAAGGUCUGUGGGGUGUGCUUGCAAAUGCAAAAACUUUAGACAGGGAAUCAAUUGUUGCCUUGUUUUAUUUCUCUUCUUUUUGUCGAGAGACACGCAACAACAAUAGCAAAAUAGCAAAUAAGCUGGUAACUAGCUGCAAAUGGGCUGCGGAUAGGGUGUGGCUAGGGGCGGGUGUGUGGCCAACAACCGUGAAAAGAACUUCAGGAUGACAGUUAUGGGUUACAAAGGCAAGGAUUGAAUCAAAUAAAUAAAAGCACAAGGUUCGUUGCAGUCAAGGUGGGUAAUGUGUGGGGGCAAUGGGGGUUGUAUGUGUGUGUGGGUGUGUGUGUGUGUUGGUGUAUGUUCUGUUGCUGGGGGUCCUUCGAUAUCCAUAACCUUACCAUGUCCAUGUCCAUGUCAAGUUUGCAUGCGGCUGCAGGUAAUUCUUCAUUUGCUUUACAUAAUCAUCAUACUAAAAAUGAAUGGCAAAUCUAUUAGCAUAUAAACAUCGCAUAAAAACCGUAAAUGUCGACAGCACCAAAUUCGUAAAUUCAGUUGCAUUUAGGCAGUCGUAUCGCGAUGAACAUCUGGAAGGCAAAAGUCCUCACCGAGGUGCCCUUUGGACAUGUGCUCAUUGUCGGUGGCAAAGUCAAGCCGCAUCCCAAUAAAAUCUCAUUAGAUUUAACGGAUAAUGUGAAUGCUGAAAAUGAGAGCGAAACGGUUUUUCUCAAGAUCGAGGCAAACUUUAGGGAGGGUCAGAUCAUACGCAGCAUGUUCCAGCCGGGGGAGGGCUGGAAACAGGAGGAGAUCUCCAAGAAUUGGAAAAGUGAUGGCCCCAAGAAUCCACUAGUGCCCGGGCAAUGUUUCACCUUUCGGGUGGCUGUGCUGCAGCGCUGCUUCGAGAUCUAUGUGAACGAUCAGCUUUAUGGCUCCUUUGAGUUUAUCAAGUUUCCCAAGCAAAUCAAUUAUGUGCGCGCCUAUGGGGACUUUGAGAAGAUCACCCAGUUCCAUCAUCGCAUGCUCUUCCCAUUAGUCUUCCCACGCAGCCUCAUGUGCUGCGAUCGCGUCGCCUUCCAGAGCGAUGUACCCAGGCGCUACGAGUCUGGCACCGUUGUCGCCAUGGAAUGCAUUGCCAAAGGACCGCCCACAACAGAGUUCUCCAUUUGUUUCCAAUGCAAUGAUACGGGUCGCAUGAUUCUCAAGUUUAAUGUGAACUUUGACAAGACGACAGUGUCGCGCUGUUAUCAAAGAGAGGACAACAGUUUUGCCAGCGACGAUGAGGAAACCGAGGGCGAAUUUCCGUUUGUGCGUGGAAAACUCUUUAAAAUUGCAUUCGGCAUCAGCGAUCGCUCCUUUCUCAUUGCAGUCAAUGGGCAAUACUUUACCUAUUAUAACUUUCCGAUACGCCCCUUUUCGAUAUCGACGCUCAAGUGCUUUACCAACGAGGUGGGCGACUUUUCUGUAAGAAGUUUGGAGUAUCAUUCCGAUUCGCCGUUACUUUCCCGUGUCGAGAAACUCUCCAUUAUAUAGAAGAGUUUAUUUAUUUUCCGAUUUGGGCUUAGAAUGGAUAUAUGUAAAGCCUCGCUAGUUGCAAACGUUGAAUUUAUUCCUGUACACCAGUUAACUAACUACUUGUAGUCUAUCAAGUUUAUCAAAUAAAUUGAUCAAUUCCAAAAAA